CAUUAGAGACGAGAGUUAAGGAAACAGCCGUCAGGUCACAGAGCAGAGCAGAAGCAUGAAGUUAAACACAGCUUUGAGUGUUGCUGGAACCAUACUCCUCAACAUAGCAGGUUUUCUCUGCCAGUUAGAUGAGUGUGGUCAAGCCCCCCUCAACACCAAGAUUGUUGGAGGGGAGGCUGCAACGGCAGGGUCUUGGCCGUGGCAAGCCAGCCUUCAUAUCUCCUGUGAUGGGGCUAUGUGUUACUGUGGAGGGAGUCUGAUCAAUAAAGACUGGGUUAUGUCUGCAGCGCACUGCUUCCAGAGCACCCUGGGUACCAUUCAGAUCUACCUGGGACUUCAGAGCCAGUCAGGAUCGAACCCUAAUCAAGUUCUCAGGACAGCCAAUGUCAUCGUCCAUCCUGACUAUAAAGAUACUACCCAUGACAACGACAUAGCACUGCUCCAGCUCUCCUCCUCAGUGACUUUCACUGAUUACAUUAGGCCAGUCUGUCUGGCAGCUGCUGGUAGUGUAUUGCCUGCAGGGACAGAGACCUGGGUCACCGGCUGGGGAGCACUACAGUCUGAUGGUUCGAUUUCUGACAUACUGCAGGAGGUGAUGAUACCAAUUGUGAGCAACAGUGACUGUGAUAAUGCGUAUGGAGGGGGCAUCACAAGCAAUAUGAUUUGUGCUGGAUUGUUAAAUCAGGGAGGAAAAGAUUCCUGUCAGGGAGACUCUGGAGGUCCACUGGUUAUGAGGAAUGGCUCCUUGUGGGUUCAGUCCGGCAUUGUGAGUUUUGGUAUUGGAUGUGCUGACCCCAAAUAUCCCGGUGUGUACACCAGAGUCUCUCAAUACCAGGACUGGAUCACCUCUACCAUAGGCAGCAACCCUCCUGGAUUUGUCCAAUUCAACAACAAUGGAUUCAGAAGCUCACCCAACCUCCUUUUAAUUCCACUUUCUCUCACAUUCUCCAUCAUUCCUUUUAUAUGUUCCCUAUAUCUCCUUUGCUCACUUUGUCAGCUAGAUGUGUGUGGUCAGGCUCCUCUCAACACCAAGAUUGUUGGAGGACAGGCUGCAGUUCAGGGGUCUUGGCCCUGGCAAGCCAGCCUUCACAGAAUUACAUCUGGAAGUCAUUUCUGUGGUGGGAGUCUGAUCAAUAAAGACUGGGUUAUGUCUGCAGCUCACUGCUUCCAGAGCACCGCUGCAUCUAAUGUAAAAAUCUACCUCGGCCGUCAGCUCCAAACGGGCUCAAACCUGAAUGAGAUCUCCAGGACAGUGACUCGGGUCAUCACCCAUCCCAGCUAUAGCUCAACUACCCAAAACAAUGACAUAGCACUGCUGCAGCUCUCCUCUUCUGUGACGUUCACUGAUUAUAUUAGGCCAGUCUGUCUGGCGGCUGCUGGCAGUUUAUUUGGUGGAGGUACUAAGAGUUGGAUCACUGGAUGGGGCAAACUCAAUUUUGCAGACACCCAGAUUCCAAACAUACUGCAGGAGGUGCAGAUACCAAUUGUAAACAACAGUGAAUGUAGUAAGGUCUACGGAGCAGUCAUUACAAACAACAUGCUGUGCGCUGGACUAAACGAGGGUGGAAAAGAUUCAUGCCAGGGAGACUCUGGAGGUCCGAUGGUGAAUAAGAACAAUUCCCAGUGGAUUCAGUCUGGGAUUGUGAGUUUCGGUCGAGAGUGUGGGAUACCCAAGUUCCCUGGUGUUUAUACCAGAGUUUCUCAAUACCAGUCUUGGAUCAGCUCUCAAAUAAGCAGCGAUCUACCAGGAUUCGUCUCAUUCACCUCCACUGAAUCAAGCUCAGGCGCACCCAGUCUCCUCUUAUUUUCCCUUUCUCUCACAUCAUCAGUCAUUCCUCUGAUUUUCUCAAUAUUUCUAUUUUCUUGAUUUUUUAUUAUUUCAUUUUGGUUAUGCUUUACAACAUUAGAGUAUUAGUACUCUUUAAAAUAAAUACUAUUAGUAUGUAUAUGUGUGGUUAGGCCUAUACACACACACACACACACACACACACACACACACACAGCCGUUGUCUAUUAGCACUGUGAACCAAAAAUUGUAUAUAGACCCUUUGUUAACAUAAAUAAGAACAAAUGCACUGCGGUCACUUAGAAUUUUAAUAAAGUUUUGCUCAAUUACAAUUACCGUGUACUGUAAUCUAAUAUUUUGCCCUUAAUAAAUAGGGAAGUGUAACUAAUGCACACUUAUGGUCCUAGAUGUAGAAUUUAUCUGAAAUCUGUACUUGAUUUUCUCUUUUUACAUUUUAUAUAAACCAAAUAAAUGAGAAAAUGCUAUUGAGCUAUGAGAUGUGGGUCAAAUUGCGUUUAGUCAGAGCCCGUCCACAGAGAGCCUUCCCACUCUCUGUAAUAUUAAGUCCAAUUGUACAGAAUUUUAUGUUGCAGUUCCACCAAGGUUCCACUGGGGGCGAUCGCCAUGAGUGCAAAAUGAAUGGGAGUCUAUGGGGCUAGACGGCUAAAUUUGUCCCUUUCACCCGAUUGCUGUUGAGAAAUCUCAGAUCUGAUUGUAGCUCUUGCAAGUUCAACAAGGUUUAUAGGUCGAAAGUUGAAUGAACGAGUACUUAUGUCCUUUCGAUUUCUUACAGGUUGAGUUGUUGUUGCCCAUAACACGCUAGCAUUCUGCUAAUGAACGCUGAUUGGUCAGUGAAGGACUGAUUACGACGACAGAUUCUUCUUUUCAACGCAGGAAUUUUUUUUUUUUGGGUUGCUGGCACUAUCUGCCUAUUGUUAUGUAUUUAC